GCGGGCCGCAAAGGCGGCGGGCGGGGCGCCGCUGAGAACCGGCCCGCAAGAAACGGCCCGCGCCGGCAGCGCGGGGCACAGGAGGCGCGGGGUAGGGCCCGGCGGCGGCAGCAGACACUGCCUGGCGCCCGCCGAACCGCCUCAGCGGGGUCAGCGCGGGAGCCACCACUCGCCCCGAGCACGCGCGGAGCGGCGCGCCGCCGGGACACGCCGGGAGUGGCGGCGGCGGGUGAGCGCGGCUGGCGAUGGGCGGCGCUGAUUGGCCUGCCGCCCUCCGCCUCCCGUCCCUACUGGCUGCGCGCCGGUCCCCGCCCUUGUGCUGGCGGGGCGGCCCUUCCGGGGCGGGGCGGUGCCGGCUCAAAAGCGCCCGGAUGCGGGACCGGCUCGGAACUUUCCAGAAAAGUCGGGAUCGGCGCUGGGCGAGCAGCCGCCGCGGAGUGCGGGACUGCCCGCCGCCCAGGGGCCGCCCGCCGCCAUGGUGAAGGAGACUACCUACUACGAUGUGCUGGGCGUGAAGCCCAACGCCUCGGCCGAGGAGCUGAAGAAGGCUUACCGAAAGCUAGCGCUGAAGUACCACCCCGACAAGAACCCCAAUGAGGGCGAGAAGUUUAAGCAGAUCUCCCAAGCUUAUGAAGUGCUGUCGGACCCGAAGAAGAGGGAUCUGUAUGACAAAGGAGGCGAGCAGGCCAUCAAAGAGGGUGGCUCUGGUGGUGGCUUCGGGUCGCCCAUGGAUAUAUUCGAUAUGUUCUUUGGCGGCGGUGGGAGGAUGCAGAGAGAGAGACGAGGCAAAAACGUGGUCCAUCAGUUGUCAGUAAGCUUAGAAGAUAUGUACAAUGGUGCAACGAGGAAACUUGCACUGCAGAAGAAUGUUAUCUGUGACAAAUGUGAAGGUCGUGGUGGUAAGAAGGGUGCAGUAGAAUGCUGUCCCAAUUGCAGGGGAACAGGCAUGCAGAUCAGAAUUCACCAGAUCGGGCCAGGAAUGGUGCAGCAAAUCCAGUCCGUGUGUAUGGAGUGUCAGGGGCACGGGGAGCGCAUCAGCCCCAAGGACCGGUGUAAGAGCUGCACUGGAAGGAAAAUUGUCAGAGAGAAGAAGAUAUUAGAAGUUCACAUUGACAGAGGAAUGAAGGAUGGUCAGAAAAUAACAUUCCAUGGUGAAGGGGACCAAGAGCCAGGGCUAGAGCCAGGAGACAUUAUUAUUGUCUUGGAUCAAAAAGACCAUUCUGUCUUUACAAGACGAGAUGAAGACCUUUUUAUGUCUAUGGAUAUUCAACUGGUUGAAGCACUAUGUGGCUUUCAAAAGCCUAUCACAACGCUGGAUAAUAGAACUAUUAUUAUUACCUCCCAUCCUGGCCAGGUUGUCAAGCAUGGGGCUAUUAAGUGUGUGUUGAAUGAAGGAAUGCCAAUUUAUCGCAGACCCUAUGAAAAAGGACGUCUGAUCAUAGAAUUCAGGGUGAACUUCCCAGAGAGUGGCUUCCUCUCCUCAGAUAAGCUGUCUUUACUUGAAAAACUGCUUCCUACAAGGCAGGAAAUAGAAGAAACUGAGGAAAUGGAACAAGUGGAUUUAGUGGACUUUGAUCCCUCUCAAAAAAGAGAACACCACUAUAAUGGGGAAGUCUAUGAAGAUGAUGAGCAUCACCCUAGAGGUGGUGUUCAGUGUCAGACAUCGUAAAUGGGCCAGUGAAUAACUUGUGAUGCUUGUUUUGUAUGUAUUAGUGGAUGAGUGAAGGACUACAAGCAGUUCACCCUCACUUACUGCUACCUGUUGGUCUAUCCAGCCAUAGUUGUUUCUAAAAACUUAAAGAAAUAAACUAAGCAAUUAAACUGACUUGACAAUUUGUAUAAAGCUCCAGGAUACAGGCUCAAAUGAAGUUGAUUGCACUUCACCCCUGCCUCUUGGUCAAGGAAACUCCCUUACCUGCUUGUCUUCUAUUCCAAGCCUUUGUAAUUCCUGUAUGUGUGCAGUUGCCCAGGCUUAAACUAAGAUUCUGUGAUGUUUUUAGGAAUUCUAGAUCUUAUACUCUGUUAAAGUAUGCACAAGUACUUAUAAUUCAUAGUAAGAUAUAGUGAAGUUUUGUACCAGUUAGGAUAACAUGUUAAUGUUUUGGGCUUGUACUGGUGGUGUUAAAUAGGGAUUGGCUUUAAUGCAAUCACGUAAUAUAUGAAGCUGACACGGAUGUGGUCAAUCUUCACAGGCCCAUUAAAAUCGUGUAAUCCACAAGCUCCCUGAUGCUACUUCACUUAAGGUCAAGUAGUCCCUUCCUUUACCAGCUUUGGUCCUGACCUUGGAGCUAGAUGUGAAGCUUGCUUUUUGGUUCAUCACCAACUACUGUUUGGCUGCUCUCCUGCACCAUACUGCAUAUAGAGCCAGUGGUUGCUCCGCGGCUGCAGGAGCUUCCUUCGCUACCAUGCAUGAGCAAAAACCUCCAGGCUUUAUGAGCACACGCACAGUUUGGAAUCUGUCAGCCUGCUGGCAUGUGAAGCUUGACUUCUACCUUGUCUACCGCAGUUGGGCACUCCUCGCUCAGUGGUGUGUCCUGGAAAGCAGUACCAGCCCUGUUGGUGGGCGUACGUGAUCUUGCAGGGGAGAGAAACGGUGAAUACAACCAACUGAUGCAUCUAGGAUGUUCUGGAAUUGAUGUAUUGUGUGCAUUAUUUUAAGCUGACUCUUGAAAUUUCUGUAUGAAUGUUCUAAUUAUUGUAGAUGAAGCAUUUCCAAUAUAAUUACAAAAUCGC